AUUUUCAUUCAUUCAUUCAUAUAUAUAUCUCACUCGUCUUUCUUCUUUUUAUUCUUUCACAAUUCAACUUCCUCCAAACCCUCAUCUAUCCAUCCAUCCAACCAAGUUUUCUACAAUGGCCGCAUCCUCCGCAUGUAUCGUUGGAAACGGUCUAUCCACUAAAAGAACCAUAAACAAGGAAUUUCAUGGCAAACAAUUUCACCUUUCCCCUAGUCUUCCAUCUCUUCACAAGGUUCCAAAAACAAUUGUAAGAGCAUCUCUCAACCAGAAUCAGCAUGAAGGAAGAAGAGGGUUCCUAAAGUUAUUGCUCGGGAAUGCAGGACUUGCAGCACCGGCUUUAUUAAAUACUGGGAAAGCUUAUGCUGAUGAUGAACAAGGAGUUUCUAACUCAAGAAUGUCUUACUCUAGAUUUUUGGAGUAUUUGGAUAAAGACAGAGUUAAUAAAGUUGAUUUGUUCGAGAACGGAACUAUAGCAAUUGUCGAAGCAGUUUCUCCUGAACUGGGAAACCGAGUCCAGAGAGUGCGAGUCCAACUCCCUGGUCUCAGUCAAGAACUUCUUCAAAAGUUUAGGGAGAAAAAUAUUGACUUUGCAGCACAUAAUGCUCAAGAGGAUUCUGGUUCCUUUUUGUUCAAUUUAAUUGGAAACCUUGCAUUCCCUUUGAUAUUGAUUGGGGGUUUGUUUCUUUUGUCUAGACGUUCCGGUGGUGGAAUGGGGGGUCCUGGUGGACCUGGGAAUCCUCUUGCUUUUGGUCAAUCAAAAGCAAAGUUCCAAAUGGAACCCAACACUGGUGUCACAUUUGAUGAUGUGGCAGGUGUAGAUGAAGCAAAGCAGGAUUUCAUGGAAGUCGUGGAGUUCUUAAAGAAACCGGAGCGUUUCACUGCUGUUGGUGCUCGGAUUCCAAAAGGUGUCCUUCUUGUGGGUCCCCCGGGAACCGGUAAAACACUAUUAGCUAAGGCUAUUGCUGGUGAAGCAGGUGUUCCCUUUUUCUCAAUUUCGGGUUCUGAGUUUGUUGAGAUGUUUGUUGGUGUUGGUGCGUCUAGAGUUAGGGAUCUUUUUAAAAAAGCGAAAGAGAAUGCACCAUGUAUUGUAUUUGUUGAUGAAAUUGAUGCAGUUGGGAGGUCAAGAGGAACGGGUAUUGGCGGAGGGAAUGAUGAAAGGGAACAAACCCUUAACCAACUUUUGACUGAAAUGGAUGGGUUUGAAGGAAACACAGGUAUUAUUGUUGUUGCAGCUACCAACCGUGCAGAUAUUCUUGAUUCUGCUUUAUUGAGACCAGGACGAUUUGAUAGACAGGUAUCUGUGGAUGUCCCAGAUGUUCGUGGGAGAACCGAUAUCUUAAAGGUGCAUGCUGGCAAUAAGAAAUUUGACAAGGAUGUGUCUCUCGAGGUGAUUGCCAUGAGAACACCUGGAUUUAGUGGUGCUGAUCUUGCUAAUCUUUUAAACGAAGCAGCCAUAUUGGCUGGUCGCCGUGCAAAAACAGCAAUAUCUUCCAAAGAAAUUGAUGAUUCCAUUGACAGAAUUGUGGCUGGAAUGGAGGGAACUGUUAUGACGGAUGGGAAAAGUAAAAGCCUUGUAGCAUAUCACGAGGUUGGCCAUGCCAUUUGCGGAACUCUGACACCGGGGCAUGAUGCGGUUCAGAAGGUGACCCUAGUCCCACGUGGCCAAGCAAGAGGAUUGACCUGGUUCAUUCCAUCAGAUGACCCUACAUUGAUCUCCAAACAGCAACUAUUUGCUCGAAUUGUUGGUGGACUUGGUGGAAGAGCUGCCGAAGAAGUGAUAUUUGGUGAGCCGGAGGUAACCACAGGUGCAGCUGGUGAUCUGCAGCAAAUCACCGGUCUGGCCAAACAGAUGGUAGUAACAUUUGGCAUGUCAGAAAUUGGACCAUGGUCACUUAUGGAUGGAUCUGGUCAAAGUCAAGAUGUUAUAGUGAGAAUGAUGGCUAGAAACUCAAUGUCUGAGAAGCUAGCUGAAGAUAUUGAUACUGCCAUCAAGAAGCUUUCGGACACCGCAUAUGAAAUUGCCCUAACUCACAUCCGCAACAAUCGCGAAGCUAUGGACAAAAUAGUGGAGAUUCUUAUCGAGAAAGAAACAAUGAGUGGUGAUGAGUUUCGGGCAAUCCUUUCUGAAUUUGUUGAAAUUCCUUUGGAAAAUCGGGUCGCUCCUGCUUCUCCAAGUCCUGUAAGUGUAUAAAGGAUAGUUGAAUCAUACAUGUGUUAUGUAAUAUAAUUGUUGAUUACAGUUUCACUUGGUGGUCCGGCAGUAAAUUGUAAUAUUUGUACUACAAGGGGUUUAUACAUAGAAAAGCUAGCUGCUGCUUCUGUCUAA